AUGCACACGCACCCGAAAGAUGGCUCUGGACACGUCGUUAACCCAUCUGCCUCUCUGACGCUGUCUAACCUUGACAGCCUCAACGAGUUCGCCAACUCCGGCGCAGACGUCUACCUGACUUCGAAUGAAGGCAUACAAGCUUUGCCGUCUUGGUUCCAGGGGACUCGGCCUCAGUCUUCUGACGGCACCACACCCUCGACCGUCGCUAGUGUCAUCAUCACCGUCUCCAAACCAAAUAAUACUCUUGACGCCUUCUACUUCUACUUCUACGCCUACAACCAAGGCAACUGGGUUCUUGGCCUCGAGUCGCUUGAGUUCGGCGACCAUGUCGGCGACUGGGAACACACGAUGGUGCGCUUCGUCGACUCCGUCCCCCAAGCCGUCUGGUUCAGCCAGCACAGUUCGGGCCAGGCAUUCACAUACAACGCCGUGGAAAAGGCGUCCGAUGGUGUUCGGCCAGUUGUCUAUGUCGCUAACGGCAGUCACGCGAAUUACGCCAUUUCGGGCCCGCACGACCACACAAUCCCCGGCUUCAAUACGCCCGUUGGCCCCUUGACGGAUCAUACUGACAAUGGCGUGUUCUGGGACCCGCUUCCAGGUGCAUACAUGUACGAGCUUGACGCUGAGAGUGGGAGUUUUACGUCGUAUAACGGCGUGGAUCCUACGGGAUGGUUGCAGUUCAGCGGGCGCUGGGGUGACAAUCAACUCCCAGACGAUGCGGAGGGCCAGAUCAAUGUGUUUGGACAGAGGAAGUAUGUAGCGGGUCCAACGGGGCCGAAAGAUAAGGAUCUUGCCAGGAAUGAUGUGUGCCCGGACGAUGAGGAUAACUGUUUAGUCAUGCCGAUUUUGGUCCCGAGGUCGUUGAAAACGAAAGAGGAGGAGUAA